AUGGCUGAUCUCAACCAGAGCGUCGUCGACCCCGUCGCUAACGAUGCACAGGUCGCCAAACCCCAGGAGGACGAAAAGAAGGUCUUUGCAGGGAACCUUGCUUUUGCCACCACCGAAGACGAGCUCAAGACCCUCUUCUCCGAAGCUGGUAAUGUCACACACGCUCAAAUCGUCACUCGCGGCACUCGUUCUCUCGGCUACGGUUUCGUCACCUUUUCCACCGAGGCGGAAGCACAGACUGCCAUUCAGCUCCUUAACAAGCGCGAUGUCGGCGGUCGCGAGAUCAGCGUAGAGUCCGCAAAGCCCCAGGCUGUUGCCGACGCAGAGAAGCAAAAGUCACGCAGAAGCCGUCAGAAGUCCAAGGCUAAGGAGUCUUCUCGUGCGCCACGCCGCGCCCGUGCGGAUGAGGGUGAGGAGGGAGCUGCUGAGGAGGAGGCUGCAAAGGCUGCCACCAAUGGCGAUGACACAGAGCAGGCAAAUCCUACCAAGCCCAGCAAGUCGGCUAAGCGUAGACAGAAGAAGAAGGCUGCUGCUGCCGCUGCCAAAGGAGAAUCCACCACCGCCCAAGUCAAGACCGAGUCCGGUGAGGCCGAGCCCCGCGCACCUCGUGUCAAGCGUCAGCCCAAGGUUAAGCCCCAAGGCGAACCCUCGCCGACCCUUGUCUUUGUUGCCAACCUCGCUUUUUCCACUACCGACGACUCGCUCAAGGCUGCCUUCUCCGGAUUCAAGGUCAAGUCGGCUCACGUUGUCAAGCGCCGCAGCAGUGACCGCUCCAAGGGCUUCGGUUUCGUCGAUUUUGAGGACAACGCCGAGCAGCAGCGCGCCGUUGCUUCCGCACAGGGCAAGCAGAUUGAUGGCCGUGAGGUCACUCUCCAGGUUGCCGUUCGGAACGACCAGUCUGAAAAGACCGAAGACGAGGCUGCUCAGCCCACUCAGGCGACCGCCUAA